GCCCCCGCCCAGCCCCGCCCCCGCGCGCGCUCUCCGGACCAGAGUUCUCCGGACCCCGCUCGCAGUGGGGCGACCGGAGCACAGCGCCGGGCUGCGCCGCCAUGGAGCUGGGGCUCGCGGGCCGCCGGGCGCUCGUCACCGGGGCGGGCAAAGGCAUAGGGCGCAGCACGGUCCAGGCGCUGCACGCGGCGGGUGUGGAGGUCGUGGCCGUGAGCCGGACCCAGGGCGACCUGGACAGCCUGGUCCGCGAGUGCCCCGGGGUGAAGCCCGUGUGCGUGGACCUGGGCGACUGGGAGGCCACGGAGCGGGCGCUGGGCGACGUGGGCCCCGUGGACCUGCUGGUGAACAACGCCGCCGUGGCAAUGCUGCAGCCCUUCCUGGAGGUCACCAAGGAGGCGUGUGACACCUCCUUUGACGUGAACCUGAGGGCUGUCAUCCAGGUGUCGCAGAUCGUGGCUCGGGGCCUGGUGGCGCGUGGAGCCCCGGGGUCCAUCGUGAACGUGUCCAGCCAGGCCUCCCAGCGCGCACUGCGCAACCACACCGUCUACUGUGCCUCCAAGGGCGCCAUGGACAUGCUGACCAAAGUGAUGGCUCUGGAGCUGGGGCCACACAAGAUCCGUGUGAAUGCAGUGAACCCCACCGUGGUGAUGACAGCCAUGGGCAAGGCCAACUGGAGCGAUCCCCAGAAGUCCAAGACCAUGCUGGACCGCAUCCCGCUGGGCCGGUUUGCGGAGGUGGAGAACGUGGUGGAUGCCAUCCUCUUCCUGCUGAGUGACCGGAGCAGCAUGACCACCGGCUCCACGCUGCCAGUGGACGGGGGCUACCUGGCCACCUGACUGGCUGCCACGCACAUGCCCCCGUGCUCUGCACCGAGCCCUGCCUGCCCCACCACCCCUGCC